AUGAAAAAUUAUGAUAAUAUAACCAAUCAUUUUCCAGGUGGUUUAUUCAAAUGUGUGACUAGAAUAUCAUUAUUUGACGAACGGCCUUUUCAACAUGAAUUUUUCCUUAAAAUUUCUCAAUCAUUUCCAUUACUUGAAGGACUAACUAUUCAAAAUUUUCAAUCACAAAAUAAAAAAUCUGAUGAUGAUAAUAAUGAACAUCUACCAAUAAUUAAAUAUUCUCAUCUGACAAAAUUAUAUCUUAUUAAUGUUCAUGAUGAUUAUAUUGAACAAUUUCUUUUUCAUUCAAAAUCAGUUUUAACAAAUUAUAUUUCUUUAUCGGUUCAACAUGAUGCUCUUCAAAGAGCAACAAAUCAUUUCACAAGAGAACAAACUAGAAUUAAUUCUGCGAAAAUUAGCCAUUUUUUUCUACCUGGCCGACACGAUUUAUCAAAAGACUUCCGUCAAUAUUUUCCUAGUUUACAAUCGUAUUGUUUUUCUUUAGUUACAUAUAAUAAAAACAAUUGA